CAAGUCUGCAUGAGGAACAAACGUGGUGGGCUUUACACGUGCAUGUUGCCGGUAUUUGUGUUUAAGGCUAUCCUUAUUCUCGCGCAUGUUUUAGGCAUUCAUUGAAAAUUACGCCUCAUUAUUAAAUAGCAAUACUUAAGAGACCUCAUGUUCUGAAUAGACCACCAUAGGAUUUUUACCUAGGGAAACUUGACACCUGGGUUAUUUAACGGAAACAAUUUGUCUCGAUUUUUUGGAUGUCCGUCUAGCACAGUCAGUGAUUCGCUACUAUUUCUCUCAUCACUAAUUAGCCACGAUGGAUCUCGGUGCAGAACAUUUAAAGAUCCCCGGCUCUGAUGAGAGAGAUGUUGCUCAAAAGCCCUUAGAUUUCAAAGUGACUGGCAAGGAGAGUGCAGAGGCGCAGAGACCCACAUGGAACAACCGGAUGGAGUUCAUCCUGGCGUCCGUGGGGUACGCGGUGGGUCUGGGCAACAUCUGGAGGUUCCCCUACCUGUGCUACCGGAGCGGCGGAGGUGCCUUCUUGUUCCCUUAUCUUAUCAUGGUGUUCUUCUGUGGCCUUCCUCUGCUCUUCAUGGAGUUUUCUAUUGGGCAGUACACUCGAUUAGGGCCAGUGCAUGCUCUCGCCAGAAUCUGCCCCUUGUUGAAAGGUGUUGGUCUGGCCACAGUUGUCAUUUCCUUUGUGUUCUGCACCUACUACAAUGUGCUCAUGAGCUGGGCACUGUUUUAUUUCUUCAACUCGUUCGAGGCGACGCUGCCCUGGACUUCCUGCAACAACACCUGGAACGUUGUCGAAAACUGUUCCAGUGGUUUCCCCGGCAACACCAGCCACCUGCAGUCUGCCAGCCAGCAGUUCUUCGAUCAAAGACUUUUGGAGAAAACGAAUGGCAUUGAAGAAAGUGGCGGCGUGCGCUGGGAGCUCUUUGGCUAUCUCAUUCUUUCCUGGGUCAUUGUGUAUUUGUGCAUAUUUAAAGGAGUCAAAUCGACAGGCAAGGUCGUGUAUUUCACCGCUGUUUUCCCGUACUUCAUUCUGUUUGCCCUGCUCAUAAACAAUGUGCAGCUUCCUGGAGCCAAGAACGGCAUCCUCUACUUUGUGACACCCGUCUGGGACAAACUGUUUGAAGUGAAGGUUUGGGUAAAUGCAGCGGCCCAGGUGUUUAACUCCAUCGGAAUAGCAUUUGGCUCCAUGAUUUCAAUGGCUAGUUACAACAAGUUCAACAACAACAUCCUCAGGGAUGCUUUGAUUGUAUCGUUUACCAACUUCUUCACUAGUAUCCUGGCUGGGUUUGUGAUCUUCUCAGCUAUUGGCUACAUGGCUCAUAUACAUAACCUGCCGGUGGACAACAUAGCAACAGAUGGUCCUGGCUUGGUGUUUGUUGUGUACCCUGAAGUCCUCUCCACGAUGCCCGUCCAUCAGCUGUGGGCUCCUCUCUUCUUCUUCAUGCUGCUGUGUCUGGGCCUGGACAGCCAGUUCGCCACAGCUGAGGUAGCCAUCACGUUCAUAAAAGAUGAGUUUGGCCCCCAAGUUCUGCGUUUCUUAAAGAGAGAAGAGCUGCUGACCCUGGCUGUGUGCAUCGUUGGCUUCGCCUUGGGGAUUCCUCAUGUGACCAAGGGAGGUAUCUACGUGUUUCAGCUGAUGGACCACUACACGGCCGUGGUCUCCCUCGUGUUCUUGGCUUUCUUCGAAGUUGUCGCUGUCUGCUGGAUCUUUGGUGUCCCACGUAUCUGCUUGAUGAUCACGAGGAUGCUGGGAAAAACUGCAAACAUCUACUUUCGUGUCUGCUGGGGGCUGUCUGCCCCGGUAUUGGUGCUGUGUAUACUGAUCGCCAGCAUUGUCCAGUACACUCCUGCUCACUAUGAGACGUACACCUACCCGAAGUGGGCUGAAGGGGUGGGCUGGGGGGUCUCUCUGGUCUCCAUUGUGUGGAUCCCAAUUGGAGCCAUUCAUGAGAUUUGCAGCAACAAAGGCUCAUUUCUUCAGAGAGUUAAAACAGCUAUGAUUCCCACACUAGACCUGGAUGCUGACUAUGCCCUGCCGGAAAAAGAGAACAUAGACAACCCGGCGGCUGAAAACCUGAUGACUUCAGUGGCAUGACAAGAAAUACAACCGUAUCUGUGCGUAUAUACAAAACAAACUGUGUUAGGGCUUCUGGUGAUGGCAUAUUUACACUUUCAUACACAAUCUUUUUGUAUAUCAUAACAUUACAAUGUAAUCAUAUUUGUUUUACCAAAAGACCGAUACUUUACUGUACCUUUUGCACAUUUGUAGCUGCUGUUGACUUAAAAAGCACAAAGAGCCUCCUUUGUACCUUUUACAGAUGGGAGAACGAAAACAGAUUUUUAAAGAGAUUGGAUAUGUUGUACACCAAGUAAAGAAUACUUUAUUUAAUUUAGGUAUGAGUGAUUGUUUGCCCUGUAAAGAUUAUACAGGGGUUCAUUCCAACCAAAUAUAGCCACUUAAAUUAUUAUUUCAUCCCCCUCCCAAAAAAGAAUGCCCAGUGUAUGUUUGUGUUGUGGUGAUGUUUUAUCUAGCAAUGUGUAAAUAAGAGUCUACUAGGUAUCAAUGAUAGAGGCAUUUAGAGGCAUUUAAACUUUUUAAAGAGCCCUGUUUGAAGCUGGGAAAUAAAGCCUUAUUUGGCCUACAUGUUAUGUUUGUGGCCUUUAAAUCCAUAACACAUUGUGCUGUUAUGUUGUUAAAUGUAGGGUUCAGGCAAUCUUCAUCUGCUUAAAAAGUUGAGAAAGUUGAGCAUUGGCUAGGUAUUCUGGUUUUGGUGGUCAGCACCUGAAGUAGUCUAUACAAAAACAAUUUUUGUUUCAAACCUUUAUUUAACCAGAUUGGUCCCAUUGAGAUCAUAGAUCUAUUUUUCAAGGGAGACCUGCAGCACAUGAAACAUAAAACAAUGGGGGGGGGGGUUAUUGUU